AAGGCAUCGGAUUUUACUUUCAGUUUCUUCGUUACACGUCGCGUAAAAAAAUAAAUAAAUUUAAUGUUUAUUUUUAAUCCAGCUAAUUAAGAUUUGAUAUGUAAAUGAGUCCUUCCGGCAUUCAUGUCAACAAAACAGUCAUCUUCUUUAUCUUGGCUAUCACAGUCAUAAUUGUUGUUUAUAAGAACUACAAAUACAUAGGGACAUUUCUGAAGUCCGAGGAAAAGAAAGAGGGGAUGACCUCAAUACCCCAGGAUGCUCUUGACAAGGCCAAAACCUUAAAAGUAGAAGAACGUAAGGUGAAAGUAGAGAUAAAAGAUGGCAAGAGUGUUGCGAUAGUGGUGCGUGAGGUCGUUCCAUCAUUAGGGGCAGGUGACAUUCUAUUCCUGCAUGGACAGGUAUUCUCAUCAAAGAACUGGGAGGAGAUACACACCCUGACAAUCUUUUCUGCUCUUGGAUAUCACCCGGUGGCAGUGGAUUUACCAGAUGGAGCAAAAACUGAGAGUGAGAAGACAGAUGUUGGAGAUAAAGGACUGUUCCUGGAGAAACUGAUUUCUGCCCUCAAACUGACUGCCCCCGUCAUUGUCAGUCCCUCCAUGAGUGGGGGUUACUCACUGCCCUAUCUCUUCAAGGACCCAUCAGCAGUACUAAAGCGCUCCAGGGGGUUCGUGCCUGUGGCUCCAGUGGCUACUGGGGACUAUACAGCAGAGGAUUAUAAAAAUCUUCAUAUUCCAACAGCGAUUGUGUAUGGAGAAAAAGAUCAAACGAUUGGCCCAGUUUCUACAAAGAACUUACAGAACUUACCUGACAGUGAAAAACAUGAAAUAAAAGGGGCAGGUCAUCCAGCCUGGAUAGACGAACCGGAGGAAUUCCAUAACAUCCUGUACAAGUUUCUCCGCAAGAAUCUCUCUACUGCCCCGUGAUCUAGCAAGGCUAGACAAUAAAUAUCAUUGAAAGACAUUGAUAAGAACAAGAAUUAUGUUGACUUCAUUUUUCAUUCAUUUGCUUUAAUAACUUUUUUGGUUUUAUUGCUUUCUGGUGCUUAGUUAUUAGGUCACCUGAGUAAAAACAGGUGACCUAAUGCUACCUUAUAUUUAAAGAAGAUGUAUAUUAUGUUCAAAUAUGAUUUUUUUUAUUUAUACAUGUAGUUUAUGGGAGACAAUAUCUGUAUUGAUUUUUUCUUAUAAAUAUUCAAAGGUGUUAUUCAGAUUUGUGUCUUUGAAUUUUGUAUCCUAUGGUUAUUAAUGGCUGAAUAACAAUUUCCAUUCUAUAGUAUGUAAUUGAAUUUGUUUUUGUUUUUGUUUUUUUUUUUUUUUUUUUUUUUUUUUUGGGGGGGGGGGGUUGGCAUUAAGAAUAAGUUGUGACAGCUCUCAAUAUAUACAUCUUCCUUUAGUUAUGCAGGUAAACUGGUUGUUUCCCUUUCAUUAAGAAAUAUGAU